AUGUCCAUUCCACAAUUCGAGGAGUCAAAAUGGCAUGUUACUUUAAUUCAAUAUAGUAUCUUCUCGCUAGUUAAAGCAUUAGCAGCGCACGUCACUGCCAUUAAUAGUGAAGAAAGUAAAAUGAAAUGCUUUCGAAUGAAAUCUUCCCCAAAAUAUAUUUCAAGCACAUUAAAAUCCUCUACAGUGAUUUUUAUAUCUCAAAUUAAUACGGACAUUCAGUAUUAA